CGGAUCAUGGGCGAUUAGUUCAUUCGCUUAUUUUGCCGCUAUCGCCAUAAGUAUUGAUAACUUAUUUUGAAAAAAAAGGUUCCCAUUCUGAAGUAGUCUGUGGUCCCAUAGAUGAUUUAUAAGGUGUGAUUAAGACGGGCAGAAACACAAUUGUUAUCCGGAGACAACCUCAGCAGGGUUGUUUUCUACUCGUUUUCUUUCUAAUCCUCAUUGCUGUGAGUAACUAUGGCAGUUUCACGCCACCGGGAGGGGAACCAAUUAAAACUCUUAUCGAAAGACGAAAGCAGCUUGAGAAAUCUUUGCACUGCAACCGCAAAAUAUGCCAACGUAGUGGCCAAAUUGCGAGGUCAAGGGGAUGACAUAGCAACGCAACUUCACACUUUGUCGACAAGCGCCAUCUUUGAACCUCAUCUUAAAAACAAGAUAUUUUUUGCUGCGCAAUGUGUCUCGCAAGUGCAAGAUUACAGAUCGCUGCAGGUGGAAAGGUUGGAGCGUCAGGUGGUUCCCUCCCUCCACGCCUGCGCCACCAGCUGUCGCCAGGCUCGCUCUAAACGCACCAGCUUCGCAGCGAAUAACAGUGAUAAUCCGAAGUUGGCAGAGGAUCGGAAAGCUCUGCAGGAUCGCUGCUGGCGAGCUCUACGCGAUCUGCUGCAGACGGAGCUGGCGAGUCAUGUGAGGGCGGUUGAGCUGUACUCACAAGCCUGCUCACAAAUACUCGCUAAAGUCGACACGGAACCUGAACACACGGAGUCCGAUUGCAGGGAAUCUUUGGAUAAAGAUGAAGACGGUAGCGAUGACAGCGAUGAGUAA